AUGAGCGAACAACAGAAGUCGGUUAUUGUGAUAGGCGCUGGCGUUGGAGGCGUUUCGACUGCUGCGCGACUCGCAAAGGCGGGUUUUAAAGUUACUAUCGUUGAGAAAAACGAUUUUACCGGUGGAAGAUGUUCUUUGAUUCACAAAGAUGGCUACCGCUUUGAUCAGGGUCCCUCACUGCUUCUACUCCCUCGCUUCUUCCAUGAGAUCUUCCAAGAUCUAGGAACAUCUCUUGAAUCCGAGGGAGUUGAGCUAUUGAAGUGUGAACCCAACUACAACAUCUGGUUCGGAGAUGGCUCAUCUUUCGAGAUGUCCACUGAUCUUACCAAGAUGAAAAAGGCCAUUGAAGCUGUUGAGGGCAUUGAUGGUUUUGAGCGAUAUCUUGGAUUCCUUCAGGAGUCGCAUCGCCACUACGAAGUCAGUGUCGAGUCUGUUCUGCGAAGGAAUUUUCCCAGUAUUCUGAGUCUGGCUCGUCCUGAGGUUCUGUUCAAUCUGUUCAACAUUCAUCCUCUUGAGAGUAUCUGGACACGAGCGAGCAAGUACUUCUGGACUGAGAGACUCAGGAGAGUAUUUACUUUCGGAAGUAUGUACAUGGGCAUGAGUCCUUUCGAUGCUCCUGGAACAUACAGUCUGCUUCAGUACACUGAGCUUGCAGAGGGCAUUCUGUACCCCAGAGGUGGAUUCCACAAGGUCGUUGAAGCACUAGUCAACGUUGGUCAACGUCUUGGCGUAGAAUACCGUCUUUCGACUGGCGUCAAAUCCAUUUCCAUCGACCAAGCAACGGGCAAGGCUAAUGGCGUCGUCCUGGAGAACGGCACUCAUCUCCCCUCAGACAUUGUCAUUUCAAAUGCAGACCUUGUCUACACCUACAACAACCUCCUUCCCAAGACAUCUUACGCCGACUCACUAUCAAAACGCGAGACAUCAUGCAGUAGUAUCUCGUUCUACUGGUCCGCCUCCAAGAUCAUUCCCGAGCUCAACGCCCACAACAUUUUCCUUGCCGACGAGUACCAGGAGUCCUUUGACAGCAUCUUCAAGGAGCACCUGAUUCCUUCAGAACCUUCCUUCUAUGUUAACGUUCCUUCGCGUAUUGAUCCUUCAGCUGCUCCUGAUGGAAAGGAUGCCGUUGUUGUCUUGGUUCCUGUUGGUCAUCUUCUAUCAGACUCCGCUGGAACACAUCGGGGUCUGUCCAAGUCUGGAAACUCUAAUCUUCUUGAAUCUGGUCAGGAUUGGGAUAAAAUGAUUUCUCUCGCUCGAGACACUGUCAUCAAGACCAUGAAGGCCAGAAUAGGAGUUGAUCUUGCUCCUCUUAUCGAGAAUGAGAUUAUCAACACUCCUUACACAUGGCAGGAGAAGUUCAACCUCGACAAGGGUGCUAUUCUGGGCCUGAGCCAUUCCAUCAUGAAUGUCCUUGCUUUCCGACCUGGUACCCAGCACUCCAAGUACAAGAACCUCUACUUCGCUGGCGCCAGCACACAUCCUGGUACUGGUGUUCCUGUCUGUAUCGCCGGUAGCAAGAUUGUUGCCGAGCAGAUUCUCAAGGACUCAGGAUACAAGAAGAGUCAGAUCCCUUGGGCACAGGAUACUUCCAAGUCUCCCAAGAGCGGUCUUGACAAGCUUCACGAUUCAUCACUUACACUCUUUCACGCUUUCUUGGCUGCUCUCGUUGCCAUGCUGUUGGCUUAUUACUAUCUUGCCAUUGCUGCUAAUUAG